GGGCACCACAAGCUCGUCACCUGCUUUCUCUUCCACUCAAUCCAAUCCUCUCUCUCUCUUUUCCAAUCUCAAUUACUACAAUCCUCUCCUCUCCUCUCCUCUCCUCUCCUUCCUUUGUCGCGAGUCACAGGCACACAGACAUGGCCGCCGUGAACACAGUGUCGUCGCUGCCCUGUAGCAAAGCUGGCGCCGCCGUAGCCGGGGGAGCUCCGAGGCCGUCGACCUGCUCCGUAUUCUACCCUCCUCGUUGCUGGUCCAAGCGAAGCAGCGGUAAUGGCGUGCGGGCGCAGGCGUCGACGACGGAGACGACCGCAGCGCCGGCUGCGGAGGUGACUACUAAGGUGGAGAAGGUGUCGAAGAAGCAGGUGGAUGGCGUGGUGACGAACAAGUACAGGCCCAAGGAGCCGUACACGGGGCGGUGCCUCCUGAACACGAGGAUCACCGGCGACGACGCCCCCGGUGAGACGUGGCACAUGGUGUUCAGCACCGACGGCGAGAUCCCCUACCGCGAGGGGCAGUCCAUCGGCGUCAUCCCCGACGGCAUCGACAAGAACGGCAAGCCCCACAAGCUCCGCCUCUACUCCAUCGCCAGCAGCGCCAUCGGGGACUUCGCCGACUCCAAGACGGUAUCGCUGUGCGUGAAGAGGCUGGUGUACACCAACGAUCAGGGAGAGAUCGUCAAAGGAGUCUGCUCCAACUUCCUCUGUGACCUGAAGCCUGGUUCGGACGUGAAGAUCACGGGGCCAGUGGGGAAGGAGAUGCUGAUGCCCAAGGACCCCAACGCCACCAUCAUCAUGCUGGGCACCGGCACCGGCAUCGCGCCCUUCAGGUCCUUCCUGUGGAAGAUGUUCUUCGAGGAGCACGACGACUACAAGUUCAACGGCCUGGCGUGGCUCUUCCUCGGGGUGCCCACCAGCAGCACGCUGCUGUACAGGGAGGAGUUCGAGCGGAUGAAGGAGAUCGCGCCGGAGAGGUUCCGGCUGGACUUCGCGGUGAGCCGGGAGCAGACGAACGCGGCGGGGGAGAAGAUGUACAUCCAGACGCGGAUGGCGGAGUACAAGGACGAGCUGUGGGAGCUGCUCAAGAAGGACAACACCUACGUCUACAUGUGCGGCCUCAAGGGCAUGGAGAAAGGCAUCGACGACAUCAUGAUCGACCUCGCUGCAAAAGACGGCAUCGACUGGCUUGACUACAAGAAGCAGCUGAAGAAGUCGGAGCAAUGGAAUGUGGAAGUCUACUGAUGGAUAUAUAUAUGUUAAUAAUUAAUUAAUCCCUUUUUAUCUCGAUUUUCAUGCAUGCAUGCGCAACCUGCAUACGCCAUCUUGUUGUACUCGAUCUGAUCUCAUCUGAUGAGAUGCAUGUAGAUAUUAUACUGACGAUUCGUCGACUAUAAAGUGGUUUCCCAUUUUCUGCUGUAUUUUGACAA